AUGGAAACACUAGAUAAGAUAUGUAUGCAACCAACGUGUAAUACUGCGUGUGGAGGUACAACGUGCCCUCAAUGCCAAAAGCAAUGUGCAAAAUAUCAUAAUUGGUUAAUGACAAAAAAAAAUGAAUGGAAUGGCCAGAAAGAUAAAUAUAAAGACGAAUACAAGAAACCCGGUUCAAAAAAUCAUACCAAAUAUGCAACCAAACAAAGUCCUUACGAAUAUUUACAAAAAAAUGUAAAAGAAUGUAAUCAGGAAGAAUUUAAAAAUGUUUUUAAGAGAAAAGAUAACCAAUAUAAACCAUACAGAGUAAAAUGUAAGAAAUGUAUAGAGAAAUUAACGAAAGAAAUUUUAGACAAAAUUAAAAAUGGAGGUAGUAGUAGUUCAACAACAGACAAUAUCGAUUUGUUAUGUAAAGGAGAAUGUGAAAAUGCAGGUAAAAAAGUGUACGACGAACACGUUAAAGGGGACAAAAACUAUACUAAAAUUAAGGAUGGAAAUAACUGUAAAGGAUUAAAAAAAGCAGCAGAAGAGACUUCAAAGACAAGUUCAGGAAAUGGGAUUAAAUGGAAAAAUAGAGAUGAUGGUUUUACGUCUUUGAACGAAUUGGCUGAAGAAGUACAUUUUUCUUCUCGUAGACUAAAUAUAUGUUUUCAAGGACUUGAUGGCUCUAUUAAUGAUGUUAAAGAUCAAGAUAAAUUGUUGGAACAUUUGAUAAAACUUGCUGCAAUUGAAGGAUUUAAUUUAGGAGAAUACUAUAAAGAAAAAAAACAAAAACCACAUGAAGAUAAAUAUAAAUAUGAUGUUAGUGAAUGUAGUGCUUUAAAAUAUAGUUUUCUUGAUUUAAGAGAUAUAAUUAUAGGAUAUGAUAAUUUAGAACCAACAGAUAAAGAUACAGAAAAACAUUUGAAAAAAAUAUUUGGAGAUGAUGAUGAAGAAGAUGGAAAACCCGGCAGUGAUUACCGCAAAAAAUGGUGGACACAAAACCAACAAUGUGUAUGGAACGCAAUGAAAUGUGGGUACAAAAAAGGACGUGGCACAGAUAUACCGACGUGUGAUAUACCUAGUGAGACCGAAUAUCCCGUGGGUACCGAUCGCCCUAGUGGUACUGCACACCAAUUUUUGAGAUGGUUUGCCGAAUGGGGCGAAGACUACUGUGGUCACUACACGAGGGAAUAUAAGAAAUUACAGGAGGGGUGUAAACAGUGUGAUAUCAGUAGUGGAAAAUGUGAUAAAAGCAGUCAAGAAUGCCAAGAAUGUGAAACUGCGUGUAAUAAUUAUAAAGAUUUUAUUGGAAGAUGGAGUCCUCAAUAUAAAAAACAAAAGGAUAAAUAUGAUACACUUAAAACUAAUGAUACAUAUAAAAAAGAUGAGGAUGUGAAAAACUCACAAGAAGCUUAUCAAUAUUUAAGCAAAAAAAUAAAAAAAAUAUGUAACGGUGGUACAAACAGUGGUAUUGACUGUAAGUGUAUGCAAGAUAAAUCGUCACAAACGUCGUCGUCUGCCACUAGUGAUACCCCCAAAUCUUUGGAGGAAAUACCUAGUGGGUAUGACCAAAAGUGUAAUUGUUCGAAUAGUGGUAGUAGUGCUAAACCAGUGGUACCGGCGACAUCACAAGAUGUAUGUGAAACAGUGAAACAAUGUAUUGAUGCUAAUGAAACAAAAAAAAAACAAGACGCGAAUGGGAAAGGAUUUUGCAAUCCAAAACAAGGACCAUUUGAUUGGAAAUGUGAUGCAAGUGAGUUUAAACCUGGUCAUACUGGAGCAUGUAUUCCACCUAGAAGAAAAAAACUAUGCAUAGCAUAUUUGAAAGAUUUGACUACUGGUGGUAAAACCGAAUUGAAAGAAGCUUUUAUCAAAUGUGUUGCACUGGAAACUAAGUAUUUAUGGGAACAAUAUAUAAAAGAUAACAAACAAAAUGGAGAUGUAGAGAAAAAAUUAAAAACAGAUGGAAUAAUUCCUGAAGGAUUUAAACGUCAAAUGUUUUAUACUGUUGGAGAUUUUAAAGAUUUUUGUUUAGGAACAGACAUAGGUAAAAUAACAUCAGGUACUGACGUAGAGAAAGCAAGAAAUAAUAUAGAUAGAAUUCUGAAAAAUGGACAACCUGGUACCCAAUCACCUCAAGAUUGGUGGAAAAAAAUAGAAGAAGAUAUAUGGAAAGGAAUGUUAUGUGCUUUAAAACAUGCAAGUGGUAAUACAAAUGACACUAUUACAAAGAAAAGUGAGUACCAAUAUGAUAGUGUCACAUUUGGUGAUAGUAAAACCACAAGUGGUGCCACCAAACUCUCCGAGUUUGCUGGCCGGCCGCAAUUUUUGCGGUGGAUGACCGAAUGGGGGGAACAGUUCUGUCGUGAGUACACGAAGGAAUUUAAGAUAUUACAGGAUAAGUGUAGCAGUUGUGAGGUGACUAAUGGUACUUCUGGAGCAAAAGCAACAUGUAAAGAUGAGACCAAAUGUAAAGAUUGUAAAACACAAUGUGGAAAAUAUAAAGAUUUUAUUACACAAUGGACAAAGCAUUAUGAAAGCCAAAAUAGGAAAUUUAAGGCAGAAAAAAGUACUCCUCAAUAUGAAAAAGCUGAUACCGAAGUAAAAGGUAAAAAUAAUGCUAGAGAAUAUUUAAAGGAAAAAUUAAAAGAUAUGAAAUGUACAAAGAGUGGCAAAACUGAAAAUUGUGAAUAUACCUGUAUGAAUGAAGAGUCAGCACAACAAACGUCUAAAAGUGGUAAUGAAAAAAUGCCCAAAUCGUUAGAUCAAAUACCUGAGGGAUAUGAAACUAAGUGUGAUUGUCCUGCUAAGCCGGCGGCAACAAAACCAGAUACAUCGACACAAGGGCAAGGGCCUGGACCUGGGCAACAACCCAAUCCUCCUCCUCCUGCACGACCGGAUUCUCAAGAUGGGGGUACUCAACGCGAUCACAAACCUAUAAAUACAAAAGGAGGACAAGCAUCAAUUACAAUUAAUACUCAACAGACAACUGACCCUGAUACCGCCUCGCCUGCAGGUGGCUCGGCGGGUCCUGGCCCCCCUGGCUCGCCAACCACUGGUGGUAGUGGUAAUGUUGACCCACAGGCUAAUGGUCCUGGUGGUUCCACUAAUUCCACUGUCUCGCCUGAUGGCUCACCAGGGAGUGGUGGCUCGCCAGGGACGGGUAAUGAUUGGUGGCAGACAAUAGCGGGAGGUGCUUUGUUUUCUUCGCUUGUUGCUGGAAAUUUAGGAAUUGCUGCGACAUCAACAGCUGUUAAUGCUGUUAAAGAUAUAAUUCCUAAGAUAUCUGAUUAUGUAGUUCCAGUUGCACAAUCUGGAAUGGAAAUUGCAAAAAAAGCAGCUAGUGGUGUUGUUGAAAAUAUUGGAAAACCAAUUGCAGAAAAUGUUGCACCAAUUUUGGAAGAAAAAAUAAAGGAAACCAUUAGUACAUUAAAGGAUGUCAUAAGUCCCCCCAAUAAUGCCACAAAUGGUUCAAAUAGUGUUAAUGGUGGGCAACAACCCCCUGGACCUCAAUCUCCACCUGCUGGUAACCAAAUUAAUUCCAGUAGUUCUUCUUCUUCCAGUUCUUCUUCUUCAUCAAGUAGUAGUAGUAGUUCGUCAUCACUAACCCCAUCAACACAUGGACAAGGACCUAGUGGAAAAACAGGUGGAAAGGGAAAAGGACAUACACCCCCAUCACAACCUAGUGUUAUACCCACCCCAACAACGUGGCCAGACCCCACAACAACCGUGUCCUUAUCUGCCAUACCUUGGGCUAUAGGUAUUGGUUUUGUUGGGAUAGUUUAUUUAAUGUUUUUGAAGAAAAAAACCCCGACUCGACCUGCAGAUAUUUUUAGCAUCCUUGAGAUACCCCAAAAUGAUGAGGCAAUGCCCACACACACUUCCACCAAUAGAUAUAUACCUUAUAGGAGUCAAUAUAAAGGCAAAACAUACAUAUAUGUUGAAGGAGACGAACCAGAUGAUUAUCUUCGUGAUAUAUCUUCCUCUGACGUGACUUCGUCAGAAAGCGAAUAUGAAGAGAUAGAUUUAUAUGUGCCACGUAGUCCUAAAUAUAAAACUUUGAUCGAAGUAGUACUAAAACCAACUAAAAGUGGUGACAUACCAAGUGGUACUCUACCUAGUGAUAUACCAUUUAGUGGUGACAUACCAAGUCAUAUACCCAUAGAGGAUGAAUGGAAUGAAUUAAAACAUGAUUUUAUUUUGAACAUGUUACAAAAUGAUAUACCUGGAAACACUACAGAUACUAAUAUUUCAUAUAGUGGUAUGCCUCUAGAACAACCUUUUAUUACACAAAUCCAAGAUCGAAAAUUAUAUAGUGAUGAAAACGAAAUUAUAUAUAAUAUUAAUUGGAAUGUUCCGGAAAAUAUCACAACAAAUACUGCGACAUAUAAUAGUUUAUAUAGUGGUAUAGAUCUAAUUAAUGAUUCGUUAAAUAGUGGUAAUGAUAUUGAUAUUUAUGAUGAGUUGUUAAAACGAAAAGAAAAUGAAUUGUUUGGAACAAAAUAUACGAAAAAUACAACAACAAAUAAAGUUGCAAAACCAAUAAGUGGUGAUCCGAUACUCAAUCAAAUAGAUCUAUAUCAUAAAUGGUUAGAGAGAAAUAAAGAUAUGUUCAACCAAUGGAAUAAUAAAGAGGAAAUGUUAAGUAAAUUGAAUGAAAAAUGGAAUAUGCAACAUGAUAAUAUAUCCAUUGAUGAAGUCAACCCUUUUAAUAAUACACAUAAAAUGUUAAAUACUAACCUUUCUAUAGAAGUUAGUAGUGAUAUGACCCAUGAUACAUCUAAUAUGGAUAUGAGUGGUACUAAUAGAUAUACUUAUUUGGAUGAUAUGGAUUCGUUCGAAAAUAGUAGUGAUGAAAAUUUAUGA